AACACACACACACACAUAUACACACACACACACACACACACAUACACACACACACUAAAAUCAAUGAGCCUCGGACGGCCAACUCUUCCAGGAAGGUAUUAACCAUCACUUAACCAACAUGUAGUGCCUGAAACGCUGCGGGGGAAAAACAACAACAAACAAUUAUAAAUAUAAAGCUGUAAAGUUUGACGGAUAUUCGUCGAGAGCGAUGGGUUUAUAGAGCGUCUUCUGCUCGUCGAUUCAAAACAACAAAGUCGGAUGCUCGCAUUUCCGCCUGGUUCGCUUCGCGGAAAACAAGGGGGAAGGAAAAGUGGAAACGGGAGAACUUCCUGAAUUCGACCGAGACAUGUCCGACUCCCCUUUACAACUCAACAUUAAGCAGGAGAGGAGUGCAUUCAGUCCCUCUGCCAGUCCGCUGCCAAAUUCCACUUCCUCUCCAGGCCAUGGCGCUCCGCCUCUGACUAAUGCCAAGACAGAGGAAGAGCCGGCCAGACUGCCUGGACACCUGCGUCUGCAGCCUGUGUUCUGGAGCAGAGAGGAUGUAGUUCAGUGGCUGCGCUGGGCUGAGCGGGAGUUCGCUCUCCGACCCAUCUCCAGCGGAAGUUUCCAGAUGAACGGUAAAGCCCUCCUGCUGCUCACCAAGGAGGACUUCCGCUACCGUUCACCCCACUCAGGAGAUGUCCUUUACGAGCUCUUGCAACAUAUCCUGAAGCAGAGGAAGCCCCACUCAUCUUUCCCCAACACGUAUUACCCUGGAAACUCCUUUCACUCUCUGCCUGACGCAGCAGUGCAACACCUUAAACUUGAGGAAACGGUACUAAGAACCCCACGAAGCACAGAUAUCCAUCCGCUCCAACCUCCCACCAUCGAGCUCCGUCAUCGCUCGCGCUCUCCUCGCCGUUCGCCUGCCAAUGCCGCACAUGUCCACCUUGCCUCAGCUGAUGUCCAACCAGUGCCCUCCCAGUUGCCCGACAGCAACAACCACCUCCCCGAAGACCUAUACCCACUGUCCGUGUCGCCCGCGGCCCCAAAUGGUCACCACGCCCAGCGUCCAGCCAGCCCGUGCCAGGAGGAAGUGGUGCCUCCUCGGGUCAUCCAGCUAAUGCCCAGUGCCAUCAUGCAUCCGCUGCUGCUCAGUCCUGGAAGGGCAGGGGUGCCCAGCGAGUUCAGACAAGGCCGGACACCAGGCCAGGAGAAUGGGCGUGAGGGGAAGAGCCAUCAUAAUCAUCAUCAUAAUCACCACCACAAUCCUCAUCAUGCUCCUCCUCACCACGUACUGAGCCUGGCAGUGCAGCAGCAGUCACACCAGCAGGAAGAUGUCCGCUAUAGGAACCAGAUCCUUAUGCCCGUGUCGCCUCCCGAGGAGCAGGGUGUGCCUAUUGGACGCAUUGCUGAUUGCAGACUUCUGUGGGACUACGUGUAUCAGCUCCUUUCAGACAGCCGCUACGAGAACUACAUCCGCUGGGAGGACCGCGACACCAAAGUGUUCAGAAUCAUUGACCCCAAUGGCCUGGCUAGACUGUGGGGAAACCAUAAGAACAGGACCAAUAUGACAUAUGAGAAAAUGUCGAGAGCACUAAGACACUAUUACAAACUGAACAUCAUCAGGAAAGAGCCGGGCCAGAGGCUGCUGUUCAGGUUCAUGAAAACCCCAGAUGAGAUCAUGAGCGGACAGACGGACCGGCUGGAACAUCUCGAGUCGGAUUUGGAUGAUCAGAUCUACAUUAAAGAGGAGUGCUCAGAGCUUGCCACACACUGAGAUGAACUUUUAAAAGCCGUAGAUGCCUCGCCAAUGUUCUGCUGUGUUCAGUAUCCCCUGAGCAGACCUGGACGUUGCUUAUAAUAAAAUGGGAGCCAACUUAAGGAGACAACGUCGUUUUCUGCACUGUUUUCUACGCUGAAUCUUAAUAAUCAUAUCCUUAAUUUUCUGGUCUCUGCUUCAGAAGAGUAAACUUCAGUAUGACAAUCAUUUAAAAUCAAUGAUAAGUACUCGUACAAAUCGCCUCUUUUCAAAUUCCUGGCACAAUGAAUGAUUUCAUACUUUUCAGUGAGGACUUUUUUUUAGCGUGUGUUGUACAAACACAAACCGCAGUUUGUGUAAACAAGAUAUACAAGAGAUUAAUUCAAGAAUAAAUUUUAAUGAGUGAC